GGGCUGAGGUGGGAUUCUCACCUCCCUUCGCCCAAAGCUCCCCUCCUCCCUCCCUAAGAAAAUCGGUCUUGGUUCUAUUUGGGGAUGAUGUCCGCCACCCCCAUUUCCCCAGAGAGUUGGAUUUGUUUAUUUCUUUAUUUUUCCCCUGGCCCAGGCGUCUGGGACUUGUGGUUGCGCAGACCCCUGGCGGGAGUCGUAGGGGAAGUCGAGGAUUCGAGAAAUCAACAUCCCGCCACUGCCCCCCAAUCGAGCGUGACAGCGCGCGGGCCGGUUGCGUGACUCGUGACGUCUCCACGUCCUAUAGGUGCAGCGGCUGGUGAGAUAGUCCGUAUCGCCUGGUCGCCUCUUUAUUUUAUUGGGGUAUGCCUGGUAAUAAACAGUAAUAUUUAAUUUGUCGAGGACCACAAACCAGCUUCGAGCUGGGAGGUACCUUACUACCCUUGACAGACGCUGGAAGAAGGCUUGGCCUAAAAGGGGUCUCUCUUGGCGGGGGUUCCUUUCCAAACUCUCCACCUGAACACACCCUUCCCAGUGAGGCGUCACUCCCCGCUUCUGCGCUGGAAAGAAGAGGCAGGAUUUUUAGAGGGGAUGGAAGGGAUCAAGGUGUUUCUCCAUGAAAGAGAAUUGUGGCUGAAAUUCCACGAAGUGGGCACAGAAAUGAUCAUAACCAAGGCUGGCAGGCGGAUGUUUCCCAGUUACAAAGUGAAGGUGACCGGCCUGAAUCCCAAAACGAAGUACAUUCUUCUCAUGGACAUCGUUCCCGCAGACGACCACAGAUACAAGUUCGCAGAUAAUAAAUGGUCUGUGACGGGCAAAGCGGAACCCGCCAUGCCGGGCCGCCUCUACGUGCACCCGGACUCGCCGGCCACGGGGGCUCAUUGGAUGCGGCAGCUCGUCUCCUUCCAGAAACUCAAGCUCACCAACAACCACUUGGACCCAUUUGGGCAUAUUAUUCUAAAUUCCAUGCACAAAUACCAGCCAAGAUUACACAUCGUGAAAGCGGACGAAAAUAAUGGAUUCGGCUCAAAAAACACCGCGUUCUGUACCCACGUCUUUCCUGAGACAGCGUUUAUUGCGGUGACUUCCUACCAGAACCACAAGAUCACCCAAUUAAAGAUUGAGAAUAAUCCCUUCGCCAAAGGAUUCCGGGGCAGCGAUGACAUGGAGCUACACAGGAUGUCGAGAAUGCAAAGUAAAGAAUAUCCUGUGGUUCCCAGGAGCACAGUGAGACAGAAAGUGGCCUCCAACCACAGUCCUUUCAGCAGUGAGCCUCGAGCUCUGUCCGCCUCAUCCAACUUGGGGUCCCAGUACCAGUGUGAGAAUGGCGUGUCUGGCCCUUCCCAGGACCUCCUGCCCCCACCCAACCCGUACCCGCUGCCCCAGGAGCACAGCCAGAUUUACCAUUGCACCAAGAGGAAAGAUGAAGAAUGUUCCAGCACAGACCAUCCCUAUAAGAAGCCCUACAUGGAGACAUCACCUAGUGAGGAGGACCCCUUCUACCGCUCCGGCUACCCCCAGCAGCAGGGCCUGGGUGCCUCCUACCGGACAGAGUCAGCCCAGCGGCAGGCCUGCAUGUACGCCAGCUCCGCGCCCCCCAGUGAGCCUGUGCCCAGCCUGGAGGACAUUAGCUGCAACGCCUGGCCCAGUAUGUCCUCGUACAGCAGCUGCACGGUCACCACCGUGCAGCCCAUGGACAGGCUACCCUAUCAGCACUUCUCCGCCCACUUCACCUCGGGGCCCCUGGUCCCCCGGCUGGCCGGCAUGGCCAACCACGGCUCCCCGCAGCUCGGAGAAGGAAUGUUCCAGCACCAGACCUCCGUGGCCCACCAGCCUGUGGUCAGGCAGUGUGGGCCUCAGACUGGCCUCCAGUCCCCGGGCAGCCUUCAGGCGUCGGAGUUUCUGUACUCUCACGGUGUAUCAAGGACCCUGUCCCCGCAUCAGUACCACUCCGCUGUGCAUGGAGUCGGCAUGGUUCCAGAGUGGAAUGACAAUAGCUAAGGCCAGGCCUGCUCCUCUGCUGCCAUUUCCAGAGGGAGGGGAGAGAGAGAGGGAGAGAGAGACAGCCACAGGGAGAACCCCACGGACAAGAUGUCUCAUUUCACCCCGCGUUCACGUCUGCACUUGAGAACUGCCCCUGCCCCCACUCCCCCACCCUGACACUGAUGUAAUCAGUCGCUUGAAACCACACUUCAAAAAAUGUGACUUUGUUUUGUCUCAAAACUAAAAAACGACAAGAAGAGAUGAGUCCCCGCCCCCCUCCACGACCACUGCCCUCCUCGACCGGCCACAGUCACACCACCUCCAGGACACCCUCCCUGAUUUCUUCUUUUGUUCUGCAGAAAGUCCUGCCUCCUGGAGUGUUUGAUCCUCAUGCGUAGUUGGAGUCCUUCCCUGUCUUGGUGUUAAUGUUGACGUUGUUAUAUAAUAAAUAAUAAUAUAUUUUUUUCUUUCAAUUUUCUUAAUGGGACCCAGUCCCUUAUUCUGGGGGAGGUCUGAGGCAAGUAUGUUGCAAGAUAUGUACUUGUGGGGUUCCCCUCAAAUACUCCUCCAACCCCCCAAACCUAAAUUGGCCACCCUCCCUCCUGACUAAGAAAUUACCUACCUCUGCCAGGGAUGUUUCUGCCGAGCUUCCCUGCGUCCCAGCUUCUCUCUGAUCUUGGCCUCCCUUCUCCAUGCUCACAGAGUCCAGGUUUGCCUCCUGCCCACCAGUGGGGUCAGGAUAACGCCGGACUCCAUCUGGCGGCCUAUCUCACUCUGCCCUCCGGUCUCCCCUGCUCCGCGUCUUUCCCGCCCGCUGAAACGUGGCCUAUACCUUCCCAACCGGAAAUCUCGCUUUGAAAAACUUAAAAAGCCCCAGUUUACAUGCGGGCAGAACUGUGAUAAGCAAGGCGCAAGCUCUGUGCUGACAAGCGUUGUGAAAAAGCCAAAAUAAAUAUUCGUCCUGAUAACCAAAAAAAAAAAAAAAAAAAAAAACAAAGCCAGCCCCCAGCUUCCAAACCUCCAUCAACGCCACCGAUGACCCAAACUGGAUGCAAAAGCAACACCACCAUCCCUAGAGAAGAAGCCAGACUUAUUCACUGAGGAGCAUUCUCCAAAGACAUCAUACCAGCACCAAAUGCAGACCGUAAACUGUGGUUAUUGAAAGCAGAAAAUGGUAUUAAAAAAAAAGUGUGUAAGUA